AGUUAUGUGUCUAAAUGUCUGUUAGUAUGUUUGAUGAUUUCAUAUUUGAAAUCAUGGAAGCUGGAGGAGAUUUAAGAGAAGCAGUUAACAGCUCCAAAAUGGAAAAUAUAGAGGUUUUGUUAGAGUCUGGUCAAUACGAUGUGAACGAGCCAGACGGAAGUGGUCGGACCGUUCUCUUUAUUCCAGUGUGUCGGGGGCAGGCCUCACUAGUGAAGCUGCUGAUUGAACAUGGGGCUGAUGUACAUGUUAUUGACAACAAUUACAAUUCUGCUUUACACUGGUGUGGAAAUACCGAGGUUCUUGAAAUGCUAGUCGCCAGCGGUGCUGACAUCAAACAACGAAAUAAGCUGGGACUGACACCAAAAGAGAUGGCUUUAAGACGUGGAGUGGCUUCCUAUGUCAUUGAUGUAUUUUCACAACUGGAGAAGCAAACUGAUCAAAAAGAAAAGACUGAAUCCAACUUGACUAUUUUUCAGGAGUUCUGUCAUGGAAUUGGUCUCCGCAAUCAGUGUCUCCUCAUUAUAGGGAUUUUUCUCUUGUCGUUACAGUUUGCUUAUAUACUCACUGGUGCUUCAAGACAGUUGGAGGUGAUGGAGCCAGUGACAUUUUCAAGUGGAUGACCUUUACAAUAAUUGGCAAAACAGUGAAAACUGAUUUACAGAUAGUAGUAUAGUGGUAGAUUCUCUAGUCACACAGUACAGUAUUGCCUCUUGAAGAGGAAACCGUCUGACUGUGUCAGUUCUAGUCAUUCAAUAUGAUCUGCAAUUCUGUUUGUAACAUUGCUACUGUUGUGUACAGUGUACUGAUUGUGACAGGAUAGUGUGCCAGUUAGGAUCUAUAUUCUGAUUUGCUGUCAUGAGCUUAACUGACCCAAUCUGUCUACAGAGUCAAAGAAUUUCAUGUAGUUGGUGGAUACUAACAUCUGACUCUUCAUACAAACUGCAGCUUUUUAUAUUUUAAAAGGCAUUGAAAUUUUAUAUUGAGUUUUGCUGUAUAUAACAAUGGCUAUAGAUAAGUUUAUUUCAUAUUUUUGAAGAAAAUAUGAAAUAUCAAAAGUUUGAUGUAUAACUUUUUGCAACAAGGAAUUGAUGGUUUUAUAGAUACACGUAACAGAAUGUAAACAAAUAGUCAUUGCCUCAAGUGAAGAAUUAUCUUAUGGAAGACUGGACACACUUGAUGAAUUGGAGAUGAAUAUGUACCACUAUACAGAAUGGGAACACUUUGCAAUAUAUAUUAAUAUUGUGGUAAAGAACUUGUAAAACUGUACAUGUAUCAAUAAUAGGGAUUUUAUUGUUUUUAUUGUCUUGUUUUGCUGGCCUUGGUGUUUCAGAAAAAGAUAUAUGAAAAGAAUUUAUUGAUCCAAGUUCUGCUGUUUUAGCAUCAUUGUGAAGAACUGGACACAGACAUCAUUUAGAACCACAGACCUGUAUAACUGUGAAACAUAUUUAACUGCCAUAACUUGAGGCCUUUGCAAUUGUAAAAAGAGCACCACAGGGCAAAACAAUAUAUGACUGUCGCAUGCCAAAGAAAUAUUCAUGAUUUAAUGUAUGAAAAUAAAUGCAAGUAUAGAAAUUGAAA